GUAUACGUUCGUGACGUCACUGUGUGCGUGAUGACGUUGUAAUGGAGGUUCAGAGGUGGCAGCUGUGGGUUGAUAUCAAUGACUGUCGGUAUUUGGAAUAUAAAACUGUUUAAAAGUUAGUUAAAAGGCCCUGACCGUUUUUAAACAAGGUCAAACAAAUAAAGAAGGACCACAAUUCCAUGGUCAUUUUCUCGAUUGAGAGUUUGUUUGUUUGUUUUUGAUGCCUUGCUUGUAGAGCUGGCACUAUGCCCGCGGCUACUGUGGAUCAUAGCCAAAGAAUAUGUGAGGUUUGGGCUGACAACCUGGAUGAAGAACUCAAAAGGAUCCGCCAGGUCAUUAGAAAAUACAACUACAUUGCCAUGGACACAGAGUUUCCAGGUGUAGUUGCGAGACCGAUUGGAGAGUUCAGAAGCAAUGCUGACUACCAGUACCAGUUACUGCGAUGUAAUGUAGACUUGCUAAAGAUUAUCCAGCUGGGCCUUACCUUUAUGAAUGAACAGGGUGAAUAUCCACCGGGAACUUCAACAUGGCAGUUCAAUUUUAAGUUUAACCUCACGGAGGACAUGUAUGCACAGGACUCCAUCGAGCUCUUGACAACAUCAGGCAUCCAGUUCAAGAAGCAUGAGGAGGAGGGGAUCGAGACAUUGUACUUGGCUGAACUGCUCAUGACCUCAGGGGUGGUGCUCUGUGAGGGUGUCAAGUGGCUUUCUUUCCACAGUGGCUAUGACUUUGGCUAUCUGAUCAAGAUUCUGUCCAACUCUAACCUGCCCGAAGAGGAAGUGGACUUCUUUGAGAUCCUUCGCCUGUUCUUCCCCAUCAUAUAUGAUGUCAAGUACCUCAUGAAGAGCUGCAAAAACCUCAAGGGUGGGCUACAGGAAGUGGCAGAACAGCUGGAGCUGGAGAGGAUUGGCCCCCAGCACCAAGCUGGCUCAGACUCACUACUGACAGGCAUGGCAUUCUUCAAGAUGAGAGAGAUGUUCUUUGAGGAUCAUAUCGACGAUGCGAAGUACUGUGGUCACUUGUACGGGCUGGGUUCAGGCUCUGCAUACGUCCAGAACGGCACAGGGAACGCCUACGAGGAGGAAGCCAAUAAACAGCUGUCAUGACAUCAUCACUGGGAUCUUUCUGGAUGGUCUGCUCUAGUCAAUUACUACGACGACUGGAAUAAUGGAAGAACAAAAUCAUUGUGUGUGUGUUUGUGCUUAAAAUCAUGUUUUUUUUCUAUGAAAGCAGUUUAGAGGGGCUGGUUGGUUCAUUUAGAUUUCACAUGAAGCGCUUGAAGAGAAACAAGGGAUUUUAGUUUUUCAAACUUUUUCUGUAGAAAUUUUGCACUUUAAAGCUCCUAACCAGAUCCAUGAUUUUAUAUGAAAAGCUAAGUUUUUCUGGUAUGCUCCUCUUUGUUGCCUUCUCUAAGUUAACAUUUUUCACUUAACAUCUGUCUUUAUUAUGAAAAUAAGUUGUUUUUUUUCACCAAACUUAGCCUUAAUAGUAGCUACAUUUUUUUUAAUGUUAUUUUAAUAUUUAAUUUAUUGUACUGGUUGGUUCUUUUCAUGUGACGAGACCCCCCCUCCCCUCCAUAUGUAAAGAAAAAAAUGAAAAAAAUGCAAUAUACGAGAGAUUGUUUUUAAAGCUUUUGUAAAUAAAGGCUUCAAACUUUUCUAACAUAUAAGAACUUGAUUUGAGUGAGUUUGAAAUCUGUUUAAGAGUCAUAUUUUAAAUUAUAUACCUUAUAGGUUAUUGAGGCCUAUAUAGGAGAAAGGUACAAGAACAGUCAAUAGCAAUAUAAACAGGCUGAACAUGGCAUCAUUGUAUUUAUCUGAUAAGGCAUCACAGUACAGUACAUAGCCUCACAUGUUCAUAAAGGUAUUUUUCUCCAUUCAUGCACAGAGUAUUAAAAAAAUAUAGAUUGACAAGAUUUUGCAUACAUUUGAGCCAUUUACCAAAAUGAAAACUGAUGCGAAAUGAUGCUGAUGACUCAUUUCCAAACAGAAAAUGUAAUUUAAAAGGACCAAAGGAGUACAAUCAGAACAGAACCCUCACAAGGAAUGAAACAGCUGGAGCAAUCACUGUAUUAUUUCUGCAGCACUUCCAUAUUUGAAUGGAGUUGAAUUGAGAAUGCAGCAAACAUUCUGAAACCGAGGCUUGGAUUUGAAGACCAUAGGCCAGUGUGUCAGGCCUCUGGAGAAAAACAGGAUCUUUGGCUGGCAGUUUGACAAUAAAUAGCACUACAGGAACACUUGACAUGGCAAGAACACUGACAUAAAAAAUAAGACUGAUUGGUGAUGUCUAAGAGCCAAUGGUAUCCUCACCAAUGCCAGAGGAACACAGGAAUCCUUUCAAAUCAAAGAAUAUCAAUAUAGCCCUUAUUCAAAUGAUUAUUAUGCAACAGUGAUGUUACCGCGUUUCCAAGAGAGAGAAACUGGUAUAAUACAUGAAACUAUUUACGUUCUUAUG